GAUAUAAAGCUGCUAAAACACAUAAAAACGAUGACUUCAUGUCCAGAAACAAAUCUGGCACUUGUGUGUAAUACCACUUUAUUCCACAAGAUGGUGCAACGAGCCUCUCAUUCUUACUGUCAGCGACACGUCUGGAGGAGAAUUUUAAAAAGAAGCUGGUGGAAGUUAAACUUAGUAUUGUUCCACCUUCAGAUGCUCAGCUGAUAUCUGAGUCAUUACAGGGCCGUCCUACACGUGCCAGGUUUGGGACAUUUCAUGUCCUGCAGCCUGAACGAGCACACAGCGAGGCUGCUGUUGAAUGCUUCUGCCCUGUUCCCCCUGUAAUGACCUGAGGAGCCACGAGAUGGCAGCAUUCUUAAAUGUUUGAUGGAGAAGACGCUCUGCGUCCUGGUGGACGGGAGGCGGGUCCACAGGAGGAGGAGAGUGAGGCUGAGGAGGAGGCGCAGAUGCAGAAGCGGGCAGAGAACAUGGACAGGGAGCUGGCCACGCUCGUCCAUCUGAUGAGGAAAGUUUCCACACAGUGUGCAGAGAGUAGGGCUCCCUCGCCUCCUUCCUCCUCUCAGCCCCGGCUCUCCCUCCAUCCCGGCCUCCUCUCCCUCCCUCCCUGCUCGCAGGCAGAGGGAUGAGUGUUUCCUGCCAGCCUGCAGACAGAUGUGGACGCUGCUGCUGCUCUCACCGCCACAGGAAGCAGGACGAUCAGCCCAGAGCUCCGUGCCACCUGAACCCGCUGUGAGCCGCACAUGUUGGUCCUCUCUCUCCACCUGGUGAAGAUGUAGUCUGUUUGGUCUCCAUGGAGAUGUCUCCAGUCUCAGUCUUUGCCCUGUUGCCAUGGUCACUGUGCUUGCUGUUCUUCCUGACUGCUGCCCGCCCCCAGACGACGAGCUCCGCCCCCACACAUGCAGCUUCCCCGAUGGCCAAUACGACGCUACUCUACGAGAGCGGCGCUGCGACUAGCCGCAGCCUGCGUAACUGCAGUUGCUCUGCCCCCGUCAGGGACUGUGACGAAGUGCUGGCGAACUCUCUGUGCCGCUGCCACAGCGUGCCACGCUCCGCCCUGCCCCCCGCUGGGCUGCGGGAGGCGGGGCAGCUGGCGGUGUGGGUGAAGGAGCUCUGGGUCCUGGAGGAGCUGCUGAACGGCAGCACAGUGGGCCACCUGCGCCUGUCGUUCUGCGGGAUCAAACCUGUGGACAGCCGGUACCUGGUUCUGCGGGGUCUGCAGACCCUUGGGAUCCACAGUGCCGUGCCGCAGGCUCCAUACCCUGACCAGGAAAUGACCCUCUCCCCCCCAGCGGGGGUCACAGCGGAGCUGGACGCCCUUUCCUUUGGCUCCUCCUCCUUCCUGCACAUGACCUUCGUGGAUGUGGCCGUGCUGAACGGGCUGUCCACCCUGAAGGCAUACAGCGUGGCAGGACCACGUGCCCCCACCCUCUCCCAGCACUUCCCCCUGCUGCCCAUUUCCCCGCCCCCCUCUGAUGACCCGGCUGAGAUGGCUGCAGACCGCCUGCAGGACCUGCUGGUGACCUUCGUGUACUGAACCUCGAAACCGAUGGCACUUGUUUGUGGGACGCGUUCCCUUCCUGCUGCUGCUCCUGUCCUGGAGACGAACUGCCUCCGAUGCUCUGAUCCUGUAACGAGGUUUGGGAAUGUUUGCACUCUGAUUGGAUAAGAGGACAGCUGCGUGAAGCCACAGAGGUUUCACACGCAUGUACACACUCUGACCGUCCACUGUGGUACCGUGUAACGCACCACAGUAGAAACUCAUAGCUUUAUUAAACAUCAUAGGUUAGGUUUGGGCUUCAUGUCAGGUUAACAGGAAUUCCCACUACCAGGACCUGCUGGAGUCUCAUGAGUCUAAACAUCUGCAAAUGUUUUACGGCUAACCUCUCAGUGUCCAUCAAGAUACUCUGACCUGUCACAGAUAAUGAAAAUUAGCCUUUUUAGCAUUUUACCAACAAAACCAAACAAUAAGCUGAGCCCAGCGAUGUUCUCAUAACUCACUGAUGUGCUGUUAGUGUUAGUGGUUCAUAAAGCCUUUCACUCACAGUUUAUAAAGAGUGUCUCAUCAGGAAACUGAAGCUGGGGGAUUUUAAUGGUUUGGUGUGUGAGUGGCAUGUAAGUGAUCUGUAAAUCCUUAGUAAUAGUGGGCGAGGAUGACUCCAUGGAAAAAUGGCCCGAGUGUGAAACAGCUGGAACGGGACGAGGUGCUAACAUGACUCAGGCUGCAGGCGCUGUGAGCCGAGCGGUGAUCUCUCCUGUCUCUGUGCUCGCUUUUCUCCUCCAGUUCACAUUCAAUCUGUCAGCGUUUCAUGAACUGAAGGUUUACGUCAGCGGCCAUCGACCGCGAGCCGUCUCACAGCCUUUAGAUCACAGACUUUAUGGACUGCAGCGUAACUGUUACCAAAAGCUGUGGUUCAUUCAGGUGCCGUACGACGAUUAAACGACUGUAAUUGUCAAGUCAUUACUGGGCAGACAGUCUGCGGUCUGCAGGCUUCCUGAAUCUAUGAGACAAACAACACGAUUGUUCCCAGAGACAGAAGAGAUCCAGGCUCUGCCUCCAGCUGCCGGCUGGGUGUUAGCGCUCCGUCCUGUCCAGGUGCUCCGUCUCUUUCUCAGUUGUUAGACUUACAUGGGCGACAACUUACAGCAAAAACACAAAUCAGAGACACAACAGGGUUCCCUGCACACUUUUACUGAUGAAUCACGCCAUCCUCAUCAUCACAGCCACGACUGCAGGAAUAUCUUUAGAAAAUAGAUUUCAUAGCAGAUCUCGAGUAGGGUUGGGCGAUAUGUAAAAACUUUCCAACCGACAAUCAUCAGUCCAAUAAUCGACGAUGGGCGAUAUAUUCACGCAUGCACAGACUUUUUGAUGGGUGGAGCAAUGUAAUCAUGCACGGAUUGAUUUGGGCAGAAGUACAAACAUGGACGAACUAAUAGGACUGUCGGCAUUAACGCAGUCGUCACAAUUAAUGCGAUUAAACUUUUUUAAUGUACUCAACCCAUCUGGAGCGCAGAAAGAACAAACUUUGGACAAACUGCCUGAAUAUGUUGACAGAGACAUUUCAGGGAUUUUGACUCAAUCUGUGUUCCAGAUGGUUCAUUGUUAAUCGUGUUAGUCAUGAUGAUGGCGCGUUAAAGCUGACAGCACUAAAAACAUAUAAAGUCACCAAUUUGGGAUGAAAGAGGUAAACCUAAGGACGUGACAAAAGUGGUGUGCCGCUUGUGCAGACAUAUAGUACGAGCAAAGUACUCAAACACGACUAACUUGCAUGAGCAUGCACAUGUCCACCGUCCGGCUGAGUAUGUUAGGCUAUCACCAGCUUCUGCAGCUCCAUCAAGCAUUUGUGCGCACUCUGAGGAGGGUGCAUGUGCUCGCAGAUGGAAGAGGGUGCUGUUAAAACAGCGCUAUUAUUAUUUUUCUGUUGACUGCUUCUAUUAGCUCCAUCAUUAUUAGCAAACAUACUCAUGGACAAAUAAAUAAAUAAAUCGUCGAUGGGCUCAGCCGAUCGGCGAUAGUCGCCCAACCCUAAUCUCUAGAGACUUGCAGAACCUCACAGAGGCUCAAACCUCCAGAGUUCAUGCUUCAAAAGAGCCAACGAUAAACCCCAUACAAAACCUCCUCAGGUGCAUGCAGCUCAGCACUCAGUUUUAUUUGGCGAGAUAAUAAAUCAACAUUAAGACAGUCUGAGAAUGAAUUUCCACGACAAAGCGCUGAAGCUGCUCUCAGAUUCACGUCUUUACUUUAAGUUGAGAACUCCUCCAGUCUCAUUCCCAGAGCAUCAAAUGAUGAGUGCUCUGAGUGGUUUCAAACUCAAACCAACGUUCAGCAGCGAGGCAGGAGCUGAGCUGUGCAGGAGGUCUGCCAGAGGUGUUGCACCGAUGCGCCUGAUUCACAUCGAGCAGGAGAAUCGCUCACAGACACUAAAGAGUAUGAAUGUGGCGACUCCGUCUGCUUCGGAUAGAACGAGGGCGUGUUGGCUUCCUGCAGAUCUGCGUUACAUAACGGCCUCGUGGAAGAACAUUUGUGUGCCACAUGAUGAAAUCCUGUCGGUGCAGAUUAUUAAGAUGAAAACAAGACGUACUGUGGCAGCUGGCCGCAGUGAACGCUGUCCAGAGCGGGACGAGCGCGUCUGCUGCUCUGUCUUUGAAACAUGACUCAUACACACCGCUGUGUCAGUUUAAGGACGACGCCUCUGAAUGUAAACAUGUCCGACAGCAGCGGUGUCUGCUGAGGCCUGCUCAGACGGAGAGCUCGGCAGGCGCUGUGCCGCAUUUUCCCAGCUGCUCUGAUUGAGAGCAGAUGGCCUCAUAAAACAAGUUGUUUUGAAACAGGUUAAAAUGGAUGCCGAAGAACAUGAGUGCCAGCGUUAGGAUCCUCCGUCAGCAGCCAACACCGCGCACUCGCUUGGACGGCGACCAUGACUUGGGCUCUGCUGAGCUGGACGAGUGGGCGGGGCUGCCACUCAGCAGAGCGCAAACAGAAUGUGUUUGUUUCACACUCGCUUUAAGGCCGAGGAGCUUUCAUGCUCUCGCUGUCCUCCUGCUCGAGUCCUGAGAGGCUCUGUGAGACCUGCUUGCACAAACACCUCUGUGUGCACAUAAACGUGUGUGUGUGUGUGUGUGUGUGUGUGCGUGCGUGCGUGCGUGUGCGCGCGCGUGUGUGUGUUAAACCCGUGCAGUGAGGAUUCAGAGCAGAGAGUCAGAGUUCAGGUCCACGCCCAGCACACGCUGGCCUCUAUCCUUAAUUACAUGGCGGGACUUUGCACGCUGCUCAGCGCCUCUGUGUGAGGAAAUGUUCCCGCAAACAGAAACUUUUGAAACGUGCACAGAGCACGGCUCACUUUUACAAACACCAACCUUAGAGUCCAAAACGAUGUGCGUCAGAAAUGCUUUGAUUCGCUUCCAGGUUCUAAUUCUCAUUCACAGCAGGACAGCUACAAAGUACACACAUAUGGCCAGAGUCCAAGCUAGCACGUUCGACUUAAUCAAGGCCAGGAGGAGGGAUUAGCCCUUUUUCUUAAACUGGGUUUGAUCUCAUGCACAAACGUUUGAUGUGAACAGAGGCUUCAGUUUCCUGAAGUUUCUCUGUUCUGAAACAGUUCAGUUUUGGCUCUGCAGGUGUCGCUGUGCUGCAGCCACACGACAGAGGCUGUCAGGCAGAUCAGUGCAUGUUUGCUAAUGUCCUGGUAGUUCCUCACACUCUGGUGGUCAAAGACAGAACUGAAAGCUGCUCCUGAGUUAAACCAUAAGCUAUAAAGAUACAUUUAUCAUUUCUUAUACUGUAACAGUCCAUAUAAACCUUUGAUGGGCUGUUGCUGUUUGAAGCAGCCCCUAAAUGACCAAAACAAACGUUCUUCUUUAUUUUCUGGCUGUUUGCAGCCCUCUAGUGGUUGUACGUGGAACUUCAGUUGAAAGUGUAGACAUUUAAACCGCUAAUCCUUUUCCAGAAAAACGAACGUGCAGAUAAACACUGACGUUCAGGCUUGAUGUAAGCGCACAUUAUUCAUGACCUCUCCGCCAUAUUGGUUAGUUAAAUGCCUCGGCAGUGACCAAUGACUCGUGAUUAGCCGUCCUGACAGCAGACUCUGAUAAGCACCCAGAGUCUUGCAGGCCUUGGGAUCUGGUCUCAUAUCAUUUGAGCAGCUUUUAUGACAUAAUUAUAGAUCAUGUGGUGUGAAUUCAGGGAGGGGUCAGGGCUGCACGCCCCAUCAGCAAACAAACCCAGCAGCAGUGACACACGGUCCGCUUGAGUUUCUCCAUGUAACAUGAAAGAUGCUCUGCCUGUGAGUGUCUGACUUCAUCAGAGGGUCUCUGCACUUGAUUUUCAUGCUUACAUCAUGCUUACAUCAUGCUUACAUCAUUUACACUUAGCAUUUAUCACACAGUCAGCGACUGCACGGAAACCUCCGAUUGCUAAGGAAAAAUGUGAAUUCUCCACCUGGUUGCUGGAAGCGGUCACAGGGAGGUUUAGUGCUUCUCCAGCCAGCUGGAGAAUCCUUGUGUUUCCGGGCCGACCUGAGGCUCGUAGAUGGUCUGUGAUUGGUCUCUAGGCCUGUCCAACAGCUGACGUCACCUGGUUAGUGGUGAAAACCUGAAUUUAAGAAGCACUGCUCAUGAGAAGAAAAUGUUUAAGAUCACUUUGAUUUGGAGGGGGCGGGGUUUAUAACUUUUACCGCAACCUGCCACCAGAGGGCGAUUGCCAUGCUGUCCAUCUUUAUAUACAGUCUGUGUUUUCAAGUUUACCCAGUCAGGAAUAAGGAGAACCGCUGGGUGAGUUUGCCCUCCUCGGUGACUGUCAGGCUCCUCCUGCUCUUCCUGAGCACAAACACUUGUAGUUAUGCAACAGGCAGGAGUCUGUCUGUGAAUGCCAUCUGCUCUGGUAAACACAAACAGAGCGCGCUCACAUUUCCAGCGUGCAGCGCUCUGACACGCUGGCAUUUUUCCACAGCUCUUCCCAUCUGCUAAACUGGGCUGUAACACACCUCCAUAAUGGUUUUCAGGCAGUUCACACUGGCACUGAAAGUCAAAGAGUCUGGAACUUUCCACCACAAAAUGGGUGAAAAUGAGCUCAGCGGGUUUUUUGGGUUUGACGUCACUCCCUCGUCCUGUCUCCGUUUGCUCUCCUGGUCUCUGUUCCAGCACCUUAACUCUGCAUCAGGGAACGUGUUUUGCUUUCGGAUGAUUUGCACGCUUGUUGCAGGCUUCGUGAUGACUCGUGUGUUUAAGGAGCAGGUUGUGUAUUUGGAAACGGCUCGGCACCUUUGAUUUGUAUAUAAUUUGGAGUGAAUGUCAUAAACACGUCAUCAUGUGGAAGCUUUGUGUAGUCUGACAAUAAAGUUUGAAAAAGUGUUGUGAUGUUGACUUUGUUACAGCUUCGUGCCUGCACUUCACACCAACAGUAAUAAACAACAGUCGCAGUCAGACCAGCAGUCUUUGAUUCUAAAAACUUUAUUAAAGCGAGUCGCUGAGACAUUUCCUCACAGCUCUGCAGCUUUCCAUCCGAGUUCACAGAAAUAAAAGCGUUUAAAAAACUCCUAACUAAUAAACUCCCACAGCGCCCUCCAGCGGCGGUCCCCCGAACAGCAGCCUGGAAACCACCGAGUGACGUUUGGGAAGCGCAAUAGCAGCGAGACAGGAAGCGGAAGAACUUCAACGUAAGAGCACUGAGUCCUCGUGCGCUUUCUGCCGCCUGUCCUCAACUAACGAACCAGCAGAGGGAGCCCAGGGCUUUGUUUUCACACAG